UGCUGGACGUUCGCUCGACUAGCGUAGUCGCAGCAUGAUACGAGUUUUGUGUUCCACGAAAGAGUGGGCAGAGAGCGGAAAAUGCUGAAACAACUAACGCGUGUGAACGCAUAAAGGAGCUCGUGUUCACGUUGACCCAGUGAAUCGCGGUUUAUUUUUGUGGUAACCUGCACGUCGCCGCGCCCAGGAGACGCGGGCGAUAACGAGAACGGAAACCUGGUGAGAGCGGAGAGAAAUCGCGCAAUGGCCGGCGCGAUGUUGUUCGAGCGGGCCCAGGCGGUGUCCGUGACGAACCGCACCGAGGGGAUUAACCUCCUCAACGAGAUCGUCUCGGAUCCGAGCAUCGGUAUCGCCGAGGAUGACGAGGAUAGCAUUCGCGUCAAAGAGCAGGGCAUCCUCCACCUCGGCGAGCUCUACAAAAAGGAGGGUAAAGCUAAGGAGCUUGCGGAUCUGAUUAAGGCCACCAGGCCCUUCCUGGGUCUUAUCAGUAAGGCAAAGGCUGCGAAGCUGGUUCGCUCCCUCGUAGACUUCUUUUUGGACCUCGAGGCUGGCAUCGGCAUCGAGGUGCAACUUUGUAAAGAAUGUAUAGAAUGGGCCAAGGAGGAGCGCAGAACGUUCUUGAGGCAGUCGCUGGAGGCCAGGCUGAUAGCUCUGUACUUCGACACCGGCAUGUUCAGCGAGGCCUUGCAGCUUGGCUCGGCGCUUUUGAAAGAGCUAAAGAAGCUCGACGAUAAGCAGUUGCUCGUCGAGGUGCAGCUUUUGGAGAGCAAGACUUAUCAUGCGCUGAGUAAUCUGGCAAAGGCUAGGGCUGCGCUCACGAGUGCUAGGACGACUGCUAAUGCCAUUUAUAGUCCACCUAAAAUGCAGGCAGCCCUCGACCUGCAAUCUGGCGUGCUGCAUGCCGCCGACGAACGAGACUUCAAGACUGCCUAUUCCUACUUCUAUGAAGCUUUCGAAGGUUACGACAGUGUGGAGAGUCCAAAGGCACUGACUGCACUCAAGUACAUGCUCUUGUCGAAAAUCAUGCUGCGCACUCCCGAAGAUGUACAAUCUAUCUUGUCUGGAAAAUUGGCAGUGAAGUAUGCAGGUCGUGACUUGGAUGCCAUGCGUGCAGUGGCAGAAGCCAGUCAUCGACGAUCUCUAGCUGACUUUCAAAAGGCGGUCAAGCAGUUCCGACAGGAACUGGAGGAGGAUGUCAUCGUGAGGGCUCACCUUGGCUCUCUUUACGACGCCAUGCUGGAGCAAAAUCUCUGUCGCCUUGUUGAACCAUAUUCGCGCGUACAAGUAGGACAUAUAGCGUCAAGUAUAUCACUGCCGAUAGCUCAGGUCGAGAAGAAACUGUCACAGAUGAUUCUGGACAAGAAGCUGCGGGGAGUCCUCGAUCAGGGAGAAGGUGUUUUAAUAGUCUUCGAAGACACUCCCCGAGAUAAAACCUACGAGAUAGCUCUGGACACGAUACACAGCAUGGGCAAGGUCGUCGACACCCUCUAUCAGAAAGCGAAAAAACUCACUUAGCCCUGUGCGGGAGGAACUUUCACCUAAGUAAAAGUCUAUUAUAAUUAUUCUAUUAUUAAUGAUUAGCUACAGUCAUUAAAUGUCGUCGAUUAACAGCCUCUCUUCCUUAAUGACUAACUCGGGUUGGUUACUGGUUUUCGGAUGGCCCGGCCGCGACGAGUAUACACCCUCAAACUUGUUGGACCGUUGCGGAGGGAGUUGACCUGGAGUGGCGAUAAUUUUGUAAGCAAUAAAGCGAAUUCAUCAAUCUC